AUGAAUAACAACACGGUUAUUAUAAAUAAUAAUAAUAAUAAUAACGAUAUAGAUAAUAAAAAUAAUAUACUUUUUUUUCGAGUGUUUAGAAAUAUUUAUUUAAGAGAGAAGAUAUUUCAUUUUCUUCAUUUAUAUAAUAUCUUUAAAUUUAAUAUAUUCUUCAGAGGGUCUUACCAAACAAAAGAAAGAUUAAAAUAUUUGGAAUAUUUCAAAUCAGUGUAUAUAGAAGACGAGGAUGAACAUCUUUAUAGGCUUUUAGAAUUAAUACCAAAAAAUAUAGAAUAUGUCAAAAUUGGUGGGGUACCUUUAUUUUGUUCAAAUAUUUAUUCAAUGUAUAUACCCAAGCAUAUCAAACAUUUAGUAUUAUCAGAUGUAUUAAAUGAUAGCGAAAAUGAUUCAACUUUACUACCUGGCGAUUUAGAGGUGUUGGAGAUCAAUGAUAUCAACAAACAAUCAUGGAACUUCCCAUCAAAAUUAAAAAAACUAAUCUAUACCAUAUCCGAUUAUAGAAAUAGUCAGGCGACUGAAUUACCACAGAAUUUAAAAAGUUUAAAGCUUGUUAAUUGCAGUUUAAAUUUCUUCUGUACAUUACCACAAACUUUAAAGAAGCUAAAGGUUUACAACCGAUCAAUCUCAAAGUUGUAUCAUGAUAUGAGAUUUCCGCAAAAUACAGAGGUACUUUAUUUAUAUGAUGGAAUGUUUAAUAGGCCACUACAAUUCCUUCCCCAGACCCUAUUAAAAUUAGAGUUAGAUCCCUCAUUCGAUCAGAGUAUUCCUGUUGGCGUUUUACCCGAAACAUUAAAGAAAUUAGUUUUAAAAAAUGAAUCACCAAAAUAUAGUUUUAUCCAAUGUGAAGCACUUCCUAUUGGUUUAAAAGUACUCAAACUUGGCUCUGGUUAUAGAUUUGACUCAUUACCACCAAAUAUAACUACUAUUCAGUGUAACCAUGAACUUAUUGACCUUUUCCCUCAAAGUGUAACACAAUACAAAUUCGAUUACCAGUUUGAACGUUUUUUCUUUGAAGAAACCGAGCGACCAAAUCUAUCAGUUUUACCUGAUCACAUUAAAUCAAUUAAAUGUGUAUCAAGAAAUAAUUUAGUUUUUAAGAGUUUAUUUAUUCAAAAAAAAUCAAAUAUAGUCUUGGACUCGUAUCGAGAUAUGUUUAAAGUCCCAAUUAACUCUAUAUUGCCUUUACAAAUAAUAUCAUCUUCAAAAUCAAUAACCCGCCUGGACUUUUCUUAUUCGAUUAAUACCCCAAUACCUCCAAACACUCUUCCACCAAAUUUAAAAUCUUUAAAGUUAAACUGGUACUACGACGAGCCAUUUCUCCAAGGCACACUUCCACCAUCCCUACAGUCCCUCUCAUUAGGCUACUACUAUACCAAAGCUUUAGAGAAUCUCCCAAACCAGCUUUUAAUAUUUGAAUUUUUAGGAAAUUUAAACACCAAUAUAGAUUUAAUUCAGCAAUUACCCACCAGCGUUAAAAUUUUAAUUAUUCCCUUUAUCAAGUUAACUGAAGAAAUUAUACCGACAAAUGUAGAAACUAUAUUUAUUGCAGAAGGUACAACUCAUGCAUAA